AUGCCUGCCGAGCAAACUCCUCAAUCUCCUGCGGUAGUGCGUAAUGGCCUUUCUGUGCUGGGAGUUAUUCCUCCCCCUUCUGAGACAUACAGCGUGCCCAUCUCGCCGUUGCCACCACCCGCUUCUCCAGUGCGUAGUGUGGGUAUUGUAUACCCGUUCGAGCCGCCGUCGACUCCUGCUGACUGGGAGCCGCACCCGUCAAUUGUUCUCGUGCCAGGCGGUGGUGAAGGGUCGUCUAGACCCUCCGCGGCUUCACCGUCCACUGUGAGCAGCACCCCGGGGAAACGCCCGCGUGUGGGAAUGAAGUACACGCAGCAGCGGCUAUGGGGAGCCUCGCCACCCCGCAAAGAAGCUUCACCGCAACGUCCAGUAGCGACCCAAGACAAGGCGCCCGCUAAAACUACCGGUGACGUUGUCUACGAGACCAUAAAGCAUCGGUUUGAGACGGAGUGGCAGGGUAAAUUCAAGUGGUUGCGUCUUAUUCGGAUGCCUAACGGAGAAGCAAAACUCAAGUGUGACAUUUGUGUGCAGCAUGGCGACCCCGCAGCUCACACUAGCUACGGUAUUGACGUCACGCUCGUGUCUCAUCUCGUGGACCAGACACGGAUGCGCAUCAAGAACCGGCACUUAAACUUUGAGCCGGAUCAUCACUUCGGGAGUGGAGAGAAGAUGACACUGAACGACUUCAUUCAGCGUCAUCAGAAGAUGGACAGGCGGGAGGUGAAGGCAGAGGGCGUGGACAGUGACGGCAACCCUGUGGAAUUCAGCUAUACGCUGCACGAGAAUCCCAUCGAAGGGCAGGAGACGGACGGAGAUGUAACGGCUUGUUUCGAGCUGUCGCUGAAGUUUGUGCGUGCUGUCGACAAGGAGCUGGAGUGGCGGAUGAAAGACCUGGAGGAGCUGGAGGGGUGUAAGCUAUUUUGGUCAGCCUCAUACGUACCUGACGACGCCAAACAUGUGGAAAACUUCAAAAAAUGGCUGGCUCAACUGCACAAGCUCUACAGGAAGAAGCUUCAAGGUAUGCUCGUAGACCUCAUGGUGUGUACCUGA